AUGGCGAAGAAAGUGCAGGUGAUCGCUACGCUCCUGGCCCUGAACCUUCUCUUCUUCACCUUCGCCAACGCCACUGGCCGUCCCUGCCCUCCUGGCGGGGGCAGCGGCGGGGGAGGGAGCGGUGGCGGAAAUGGUGGUGGUGGCAAUGGUGGAGGCGGGAACGGUGGCGGCGGAAACGGUGGCGGCGGAAAUGGUGGCGGUGGGAAUGGUGGCGGCGGAAACGGUGGCGGUGGCAAUGGUGGCGGCGGCAACGGUGGGGGCGGAAACAGCACCCAGUGCCCACUGGACGCGCUGAAGCUGGGAGUGUGCGCGAACGUGCUCGGGCUGCUGAACCUGACUCUGGGGAGCCCGCCGGUGCAGCCGUGCUGCUCGCUGAUCCAGGGGCUGGCGGACCUGGAGGCGGCGCUGUGCCUGUGCACGACGCUGAACCUCAACCUUCUGGGCAUCAACCUGACCUUGCCCAUCGCCCUCAGCCUCGUCCUCAACAACUGCGGCAAGAACGUCCCCUCCGGCUUCCAGUGCCCCAACUGAGCCCGCCCGGACCCUGCAUCCGCCAUAUCUCAUGCAUGCAUGCAUGCAUGAUUGGCUAUUUAAAGUACCACCACGUACUUAAUUGUGUGCUUUGAUUACGUAAUCAUCUGCUGGUUUUUAUGUGUGGCUGGAUUUCGAUUGCGGAGAAGUUACGUACUACUUCUCCAGGUUCUACGUACGUACAAGCACGCACUGUUACCUGCGUGCGUAAGGAUUUCCUUGUGUGUGUGUAUGAUGUGUUGUCGUAAUUGUCACAUGUUUGUGAUGAGUUAGUUAUUGCCAGAGUGCUCAUAAUGUACCGCUAUCUCCAAAUAAAUAAAAGAUUUGCUAUUUUCCAUUAUUUUUAUA